UGCAGAAGUAGUAUAUUACAGCUCAGGCAGCUCAGUUUGUUGUACAUUUAAACAGAGAACAUUUGUUUUUGUCGUAGCCGUAGUUGGUUUCGAAAUUGCUCGGGAAAUUUGCUAGGAAGUGACCGAUAACUGAAUACAAUGGACGAAACAGAGGAGAGGUUGACGGAAGAGCUGAGAAUCAAACGAAUUUGCCGGUUCUGUCUGACCCAGGAGGAACCCCUGAGUGAUAUUUACUCCAAUGAUGUGAUCGAGGGCAACAGCAAAGCAGCGAAGGCGACGCCUUUAACGCUGCAGAUAAUGGCUUGUGUUUCUAUCGAGGUUUAUAAAGAUGAUGGCAUGCCCAGUACUAUAUGUGACGACUGUCGACGGCUGAUGGACCACUCUUACCGUUUCAAGCAAAUCUGCAAGAAAGCCGAUACACUGUUGAAGACGUAUCCAAUGACGGGUGUUUGGCCCGGAAGACUGCAAAUACCGAAGGACUUACUAAAGAGUACUCAACCUCCACCAACACCGGUCAUCAAACCAUCGACAGUUGCGGCGGAAGCUGGCGCGAAUCACUCCCAAGCUAAAUCAGUGACUACAUUAGGCGGUACAACAUUGAAGAAAGUUGUACCAACAGCAUCGAAUAGAGAUCAUGAGACCAAGGUAGUCAAGAAAAUAGUUAAUGUUACUGCAAAAUCACCUUUGAAGAAACCCCAAACUGCAAUUGAACCUGCUAAAGCAGAAGAAUCAGAAACAGAAGAAAACGAGGAAGAUGUGAAACCCAAAAUUGUUCAGCUGAGUAUUGCAGAUUUGAAAAAUAUCAAACAAGGACGACCGAUCAACAAAAUGCAGCUCAUCAAGAAAGCCUCUCCGAUAUCUAAAGAUAUCGAGGUUGAAGUUGUGCGAUGCGAGGAAUUUCCGCAGAUGACUCGUUCAUCGCAGAAUGCCACCGCUAGCGGUAGCACGAACAAUCCAAACAAAAAACCUGUCAAGCUUAUAAAUGGUAAUAUUGGAAAUGUGAACAAGAAACCCGUAAUAUUGAAUAGCUUAAAACCAACGAAAAAGACCGAAGAACAUUUUGUACAAACCGCUGAUGGUACAUUGGAAAUUAUUUCCACUGAGACGCAAGAACUGGACCCCAUCAAAAAUGCUCCACCCGUCGAAACGUACGUAUUUCCUUGCACCGAAUGUGAGAGAUCGUUUCCAUUGCGUCAACUUUUGGAAAUCCACAUGCAGAAUCACACUCGGGAGAGGAAUCAUCCUUGCGAGAUGUGCGACAAACGAUUCUUCAGCAAGUAUGAUUUGGCAAAACACAAUCUCACACACACUGGCGAACGUCCCUUCGUUUGUGUUAUUUGCAAAUCGGCCUUCUCGAGAUCUACACUUCUGACGAGGCAUCAAAAGGUUCACAAGGAUCAACCCAAGUUUCUUUGCAUCUACUGUGAGCGUACAUUCCUCUCGAACGAAGAACUGCAAAAACACACCGAAAAUCAUCAGAAGAAGCGGCCGUUCCAGUGUGAUAAGUGCCCCAAGAGUUUUGCUUAUAAGCAGGGCUUGGAGCGCCACGAAGUAACUCACGAAACAAAUCUUCCCUUCUCUUGUGAACACUGCAAUCUUAGCUUUGCGACAGCUGGAAAAUUAGCACGACAUUUGACGGCUCACGCUGGAAGUCGUCCAUAUCCUUGCCGAAUGUGUUCUAGAGCUUUCAUGUUGAGCCAUCAUCUCACCAGACACGUUCGUUCACAUCAGGGAGGUCGCGGUGCAUACAAGUGCAAUGAUUGUUCAAGCAUUUUCAACAGCCAGGACGAGCUCAUCUACCAUUCGGCUGUCCAUGCUACGGAGAGCCUUACCUGUCCGUUGUGCCGCGAUCAUUUCGAUACGUUGGAACUCGUAACGGAGCACAUUAAGCAACACUCGGAGGGAAUCCAAUAUGCCUGUGAUUACUGUGACUUGCUCUUUACCACCGCGGAGCGAUUGGAUUCUCAUUGCCAACAGGAGCAUAUAGCCGUACUGGCUAUGGAUCGGACCGAAACUGACCCAGAGGACUCCAUCGAUGAUUCCUCCGAAGCAACACAGCAGCUCAUCAUUGAGGAGAUCGCUAUCAACACUGACGGAAGUAAGAUGAUCACGACGUUUGUAGAUGGUGAGCAGAAAGAGAAGAAGUUUGUGCAGAAAGCGCCCGGCGUAGUUGUUAAACACGAGGGAAACGUGGACAUUAUGGAUGUGCAUGAUCAGUAUUCCGACGAGGAAGGGGACGUCGAAGGAGAGGAACAGGAAACAUACUUUGUAGACGACGAAGAUAUUGCGGAAGAGCAAGUAGAACAACCAAAAGUGUUAAAUCGGGUUCAAACCGGUAUAAAGAUCGAUCCAAAAAAACAAGAGCUCAAAAAGGCUGAUGUGGUACCACAAUCUUCGGCUACUAAGCCAGAAGCAGUGUCAGAUACAUUUAAAACGAAACAGAAAAAACUGGAUUCGUUCUUCAAGAAAGCUGAGAAUAAUGGGGCACAGUCAACGACUAAAAGUGUUGGUGAUGUGUUAAAAAAUUUACCCAAAGGCGUUGUGAUAAAAAGAUCGAUGACCACCACUUCCAACACUGCUAAUAUAAAACCAGAACCCAAACUAUCACCCAUAGCAAAAACGGAAGUUACAAAACCAAUGUCCACCAGAGUUACGGAUCAACAAAAAUCUCCCACUACUACCACUGUUGUUCAACCAAAAACGGAACGCAAGAUUGUCUCUCCUAAAGCAGUCGCAGAGAAGUCACAGUCGGUUAAAUCCCCGCCAGCAAAAACUGCGAUGAAGCGGCCAAAUGAAGACAAAAGUGAGGGAACUCCUGUUAAAAAACUUGCUGUCGAUCCCAAAACCAUCCGCACGGCAUCAUCUCCUUCCAAGUCGGUGGCCAAAGCGGUUUCUACAGCGACCACAAGAGCGGUAAGGCCGGUGGCCACUCCCAGUCCUGCUCCAUCCACUUCUGUCAAAAAGGGCAAAACUUUCGAAAUGAAGAUUGGCGAUAAGAUGGUAAAAGUGCAAAAAGUCGUCAUGACAAAGGCGGAAGUUGCAGCCAUGGCACGCGAUGGGAAAAUCGAAAUGCAAGGAGACAAAAUGAUACUCAAGCAACCGAAAGUGAAAAAAUAACGAUAAAGCGCUCGUUGUUUUGUGAAAGUAAUUUUAAACAAAUAAAUAGCAUGUGAGUCGGUAUACAAAUUGAAAUCGCUCUCCGCUCUGGUCUUGCGAAUAUCGAAUUUGAAACAAGUCGAAUCCCGUAGCAUAAACACAAAAAGCUCUCUCGAGUUUCCAUGCAAAAAAUUAUUUUUUUAUGAUUCUUUUAAGCUUUACUUCAGAAGUAAUUGAUUUUUUUCAUUUUGAGGAUUUUACGUUGAUGACAACUAUUAUUUGUAUAUUUAAAAUUCGACGCUGCGGCUUCUGCAAUCCGAGUAGUCUGCGCCAUUUAGUGUGUACUAAUAGAAUCUUCUCAAUGUAGCAUAUAUUGAUAGCCCUAGCAGGACUCAAGGAACAACUGUAAUGUUGAGGUUAUGAUAAUUUUUGUUUCCAUUUUGAGUUGUUUCGAAAGCAUUAUCCAUCGAAACUGCAAAUGAAAUAAUCUAAAAUAAGCUUACGGAUAAAUAAAAUUAGGUAUGUU